UAGAUAACUACCUUUUUAAGCUAACAACUUGUUGAUGGACAAAGAAGUAGGGUCUGGAUUUCUCAUCUUUCUAAGAUAUCUUUUUCGAUAACUGGAGUAUUUAUUGGGAAGUUGGGCAGUUCUUUUUUUUCUAUCGCUGCACAGGGAAGGAAAUUUUUCCGGGACGGGCUGGGGGGAGUGCUGGCUAUGAAUUUUUUUGGACCAUACAGAUUGCAUCCGUCGCUGAUAGAGCGGAGACUUGGAAACCCUUUAUAAGACAAUGCCUCUUUAUUCACAAAUCCUGAACCUUUGUUGUAUUACUUCCUCUUUCUUUUCCUUCGCUCGAAUCUAUUGAAUGCCCAAAGCACACUGUUGACUUUGUCCUUAUUUAUACAUAUCUCCACAUCGUCCAAGUUAAUUCUUCUCAACUCCACCCACUCCGAUGCCUACAGAAGUUGCGACUGCUACCGCUUGGAAUUUCCAAAUUCCUGUUACAGCUUCAGCUGAAGCUAUGGACGAACCUUGCCCAGAACUAUCAUCGUCGGUGUCGACUCGCGAUUCAGCUAUUGACACUCGCAGCAUACACUCGACCUAUACCCCACCACGAAAGAUGACAUCCAAACUACAAGGAUUAUUUCAUCAUUCAAAUAAUGAACAGUCGUCAGGAAAACGACAUUCUAUGAAUUUGUUUGGCAAAAGUCGCAGUUCUUCGCAAUCGUCUGGAUCCACUUCUCCAUCGGCUAUUCCUUCAUUGAGCCAAAAGUAUGGCUCGUGCAAGAAGGGUUUCGUCAGCGAAGGAGCUACUGCCGUCAUUCGAUUGGUCACUAAAUCCAACUGCUGCUCCGACGUUUAUUGCGUCAAGGCUUUCCACAAAAAGGCUAAAGACGAUAGUGAUCGCAGUUACAUGAAACGCAUGACCAGCGAAUUCUGCAUCAGCUCUACACUGCGACAUGAAAAUGUGGUCAAGACACUUGAUCUUGUGAUAGACGAGAAAGGCCGCUACUGCGCUGUGAUGGAAUAUUGCUCUGGCGGUGACUUGUUUGAAGUUGUACGAGAACGUAGUCUUACCGAUGAAGAAUUGGCCUGUUUAUUCAAGCAACUUCUUCGUGGUCUUCAGUACAUGCAUGAAAGUGGUGUCGUUCACCGUGAUAUCAAACCCGAAAAUUUAGUCUUAACCUCCAGCGGUACUCUGAAGAUCGCUGACUUCGGGGUCUCUGACGUCUUCCAGUCGUGUUUCGAAACUACUCCCCGAAACUGUAAAGGUGCUGUUGGUAGUCAUCCAUACCAUUCUCCCGAAUUGUUUGAAAACGGCAAUGACUACGAUGGUCGUGCUAUGGAUGUAUGGAGUGCUGCCAUUACUUUCUACUGCAUGAAAUUCCGUCGCCUUCCCUUCUUGUCCGCCACCAAGGACGACGCCUCCUAUGCGGAAUUCCUUGCAGCCUUGCCAAACCGCGAUUGGGCCCCAUUCGCUAAUAUGUCUCAGGCGCAACAAGAUUGCUUGUAUGGCAUGCUUGAUAUCAAUCCAAAGACUCGUUGGACUAUCAAGCAAGCUCUAGAGUCUGAGUGGAUGCAGUCCGUAGAAGUUUGCCAAGACGGAGCCUUGAAAUCUGGCUGGAAGCAUUACCACUAUCUUCCUUCUCGCCGAUGAGAAACCUAAGCUCUUCGAAUCUAGAAAUCCGAGAAGAAACAACUUCCAUACCUAGACAUGCAUGAUAUCUGGUUUAUUCAAAAUGUAUUAUACUCAUUUUUUCCUUUUUCUGUACCUCCCCACCCUUUCCUUCAACUCCAUUUGUAACAAUAUCUGUUUUCUGUAAUCAUAAACAAAAUGCAAAAUUCCCCGUACUUUCAAUAUUACCGUUUGUCCCUUAGUUGAUUAAAUGCAGUGAUAAUCGAAUAGCGCA